AUGAUCAGGAUUGACCUCUCUCUGGGAAGAGCAACCAAUUCGUCGCUCAAUGCUUUCAAUUUCGGUUUUGCCCAGAAGUACAAAAAAGUCGAAGAGUCCAGCAUCAGUGUGUCAGCCACUCUGUCUGCAGCUUGUGUGCUGGUCUCCGCGGUGUCAUUGCACGACAAGAUGGUUUCCUUCGAGAUGAAUGACCUCAAGAAGAUUGGGCUUGGCCUGACAGGCUUUGGAAUAUUCUUCUCCUUUCUGGGAAUCGUUUUCUUCUUUGACAAGGGGCUCAUCGCAAUGGGCAAUAUUCUUUUCCUGUCAGGUUUGGGUUUGACAAUUGGUCUGAAAUCAACUAUGCAGUUCUUCACCAAGCCAAAGAAUUACAAGGGUACUAUCUCAUUUGGCGCUGGUUUUUUUCUGGUUCUCAUUGGGUGGCCGUUUUUUGGCAUGCUCUUAGAGGCAUAUGGCUUUAUUGUACUCUUCAGUGGGUUCUGGCCAACACUUGCUGUGUUCUUGCAGAGGAUUCCUAUCAUCGGAUGGAUUUUCCAACAACCAUUUGUGACAUCGUUCCUUGACCACUACAGAGGAAAACGUGUUCCGGUCUAG